GGAAAAGUCUGAUUGGAUUUAAUUUUUGGUUAUGGAUAGUGAUCUUGACAGCUGGUCAUAAAAAUUGACAGCUCGAAAAAAUCACAAAAAAACGAAAUCAACAUCAAAUAAUUCACUACGCCUUUUUAUGUUUUAGUUGUAAACCUGUAAAAAUUGCUAUAACCAUAAGUAACUUUAGUUUUAACUUAAAAAUAUGAUAAAAUUAUUUUCUCUGAAACAACAGAAAAAAGAUGGAGAAGCCUCACCAAGAAGCGGAAACCCGAAAAAAGCCUCGGCAGCACAACUUAGAAUAACGAAAGAUAUAAAUGAGUUGAACUUACCGAAGACAUGUACAACAGAAUUUCCCGAUCCAGAUGACCUGUUAACUUUUAAACUAAUAAUCUGCCCUGAUGAGGGUUUUUACAGAACAGGUCGGUUUAUAUUUAGUUUUAAAGUGGGACCAAAUUACCCACAUGAACCUCCAAAGGUGAAGUGUGAAACCCAGGUGUACCAUCCAAACAUAGACCAGCAGGGAAACGUAUGUCUGAACAUUCUUAGAGAAGACUGGAAGCCUGUUUUGACAAUAAACAGCAUUGUGUAUGGGCUUCAAUACUUGUUCUUAGAACCAAACCCUGAAGAUCCUUUAAACAAAGAGGCAGCUGAAGUGCUAACAAACAACAGAAGAGUGUUUGAACAAAACGUCCAGAAAGCAAUUAGGGGAGGUUAUGUGGGAGGAAUUUAUUUUGAACGUUGUUUAAAGUGAUGCACUGUGUGAGGACUUAAUAUAUAAAUAAAUAAUGUAAGGAUAAUGCCUCUCGAUUUUAAGGACUUCAGUUUUAAAGUGGCUCUUAUAGAUCUUUAAAUGAUAUUCCAAGCUGAGAUAAUCAGUUUAAGUUUAUUUAUCAUAUACAAUUAGGAAUUAAUUAAUAAUCAAUGGGUUACUUUAACUUAAACAUGUUCUUUUUGUGUUUUUUAUUUAAAACAUUUCUAUGAAAUCAGAAUUUUAAUAUCUUUUUCCGUUUUCAAGAUAUUUAAUAGUGACGCAAAUACAAGCUUUCUAUUGGCUGAAAGGUGCACUCAAGUGACAGAAAAAUCCACUACACAUCUGGGAGAUCUGGCAAUGUUAAAACUUUCAACAUUUCAAAACAAAUGUUUUAAAUUGCUAAACCAUAAAGAUAAUGUUAAAAAAGUUUUCUAUUAUGUAAGUAAACAGGCCUUUAUUUUUUUAUUUAUUCUUGCAGGACUUUUUAUCAAACAAACUCCUGUCCAGUAUCAAGAAAUAUUUCAUUUGUGGAUUUAUUAAAUUUAAGAUUUUUAAGGUGAUUUGUUCUUUUUCAUAUUUAUGCCAAAGUACACCCAUAAAAAUCCAGAAAAGUUUUUUUUAUUGUUU